AUGAGAUUGUGCUUUGUGUCUACAGCAAGAAGCCCACUUCCAAGGAAAGGCCUGGGCCUAGGCCUGUUGUGUAAAGUAUGUUCUGACACAAGCAGUGGGAAACACUACGGAAUCUAUGCCUGCAACGGCUGCAGUGGCUUUUUCAAGCGGAGUGUCAGACGAAGGCUCAUCUACAGGUGUCAAGCAGGCACAGGCAUGUGCCCUGUCGACAGGGCCCAUCGCAACCAGUGUCAAGCAUGUCGACUGAAGAGAUGCCUCCAAGCUGGCAUGAACAAAGAUGCCGUGCAGAACGAGAGGCAGCCCCGCAGCAUGGCCCAGGUGCAGCCGGACACCAUGGAUAUGGACGCAGAUACGGAGCACCUGGCCACCACGCGGUUGCCCACCCCUUCCUCCACCUUCUCUGUCAUCAGCAGACAGCCCGUCAGUUCCUCGGUCACGCCCCCAGCCCCGGCCCAGCACUGCCGCGGCAGCCCCAAGAACAGUCACCGCUUCAUGGUCAGCCUGAUGACUGCGGAGACCUGUGCUAAACUAGAACCAGAGGACGUGGAUGAGAAUAUUGACGUGACGAGUGACGAACCAGAGAGGGAGAGAACUCCCUCCGACUGUCACUCAUCUCCUUACAACUCCAGCGGCUCUGAGAGUGUGUAUGAGACAUCAGCACGCCUGCUCUUCAUGUCAGUCAAGUGGGCAAAGAACCUGCCUGUCUUCUCUCACCUACCAUUCAGAGACCAGGUGAUUCUGCUGGAAGAGGCCUGGAGUGAGCUCUUUCUCCUGUGUGCCAUCCAGUGGUCUCUGCCCCUGGACAGGUGCCCUCUGCUCUCCCUGCCAGACCUUUCCCCCACACAGCAAUCCAAGGGCAGCCUCCCCACAGGCAACUUGAGAGUCCUGGAGGAAGUCUUCAACCGCUUCAAGGCUCUAGCUGUAGACCCUACUGAGUUUGCCUGCCUUAAGGCUGUUGUACUGUUCAAACCAGACACCCGUGGUCUCAAAGAUCCUGAGCAGGUGGAGAAUCUUCAGGAUCAGUCUCAGGUGAUGCUUGGUCAGCAUAUUCACUCUCUGUACCCCAGCCAGAGUGCCAGGUUUGGGAAACUUCUUCUUCUUCUGCCCUCCCUACACUUCGUGAGCUCGGAAAGGAUAGAACAGCUGUUCUUCCACAAGACCAUCGGGAACACACCCAUGGAGAAGCUACUGUGUGAUAUGUUCAAAAACUGAAGAGAGUUAAUCCAGUAAGCAAAGGAUGAUAGAAAACGAAAUUCUAUAUUUUUUCCAUUCUUUCCUUGCCUAUUCUUUGUCCAUCAUUCCCAGAAGCAUAGAGUGUAGGUAAUGCACUGUGUACGUUUACUGUUGACAACUCUGAAGGGCAUUUGUUCUUGGUAAUCUUUUCAUAAAUGUAUGUAUUUAUACAAAAAAUAAUAAAUGGUUGCAUUUGAUAACAGUGCAUUUAAGCCCCUGGGGGGCUAUUUACCCCAAUAGUAGUUCACAAUUGUAGAUUUUAUGGGGGCCAGUUGCCCCCAACACACUCAACAUGGUACUACUUUAUUAAAAAUAUAU